AUCUAAGAUUUUGCCCUGUGGGCUCAUCUUUAUUGAUUCCAGGCCCAUUUCUGACCAGAACAAAGCAGAUGACGAACAGAGUCCGAGGCAAUGGGAUGGCCAUCUACUCAAGAGCCGGGGGACUCAGAAGAGCAAGGAGACCCGGCCCAGACGGACGUCUGCGCUACUCAGCUUUCCGAAGAGAUCCUCAGGUCCUAUACUGAUGAGGUAGUGAGUUCUGGUUCCCUCAGCUCCUCCGGGGAAGAGCAAUCCUGUUCCUACAACUCUGAGAGCUCACUGGAGAGUGGGAAGCUGACUACGAGUUCAGAAGAACAAGACGAGCUGCCAGAACGUUCUUUCUUACAGAAGGAGGAACAUAGGCUGAGUGAAAAGUGGCUCAACCACAUCAAGGGCAAAGGAAUUAAUUCCGAAAGAUAUCAACCCGACAGUAGACGACCAACAGAAACUCCUGGGGAAUCCGCCGAAGAACUGAAUGCCCUCCAGUCUUUUUGCUCUGUUAAAGUAAACCUGAUCCACCAGAGAGAGGAUUCAAGAGCAAAGAAAAGCCCCAGGCACAAAAGGAUGCCGCUCAGACGGAUUGCAGAGACUUCAGAGGUAGACGCUUCCAAUUGCACCGUUCCUGACGAACUGCUGAGCAGAAUCUAUUUGAACAACACGAGGGUGACUCUAGCGCACAUAGGGGCGGUAAAGCAGCAUGUUUCUUCGCAGUGUCCCAGUUGCAACAGCAAAAGGGCAGAGCUGGCUCAGUCUGACUUCCUGAAGCGCAGGAAGACUCUGCUGGAGUCGCUUCUGCUCCAAGAGAAAAUAGACGUACACCUUCAUACCACAGACUUUCUCACCCGUGUUGGAGAUGCCCAUCGGGGCUUCCCCAGGCUUUCAGAUGACCCCAGGGUCAUUUGGAAGAAAUUGACUGAGAAAAUUCAGACGAGGAGCCCCAGUUUUGGAAACACAGAUGCAAAGCAGGUGUAAGAUGGGUGUACACGUAUUCUACUGCUCUUCCACCUAUGUAUCCAACCAGAUAGGAGGCACUGACGGUUAAUGGUGAUAUAGAAUGUGCCCAACCAGGGGAUGGUGACUAUUAAUGAUUAAUGAUAACAAUGUGAUGCGCAUACACGUUCUUGUCGCGUAUUUAAGUAAUUACCAUCUUUUGUAGAGGGAUUUUAGAAACUAAUAUAAGAUUUUCUUUUACUUCCUUCAUGAUGGUCUAAACAAUUCCAUCCAAUAGAUUUUUUUUUACAUUAUGGAAGAUAAUUGGAGUAGCCAUCAAACCUUUGUUAUUUAGGAGAACGAUAGAUCCUGGCAGUUUGGACUGGUGGUUGACAGUACAGAGAGAAAGAAGUAAACCGAUGUAAGGUACGGGUGGCUGCUUUUGUUGAUGAAAUGGCUGUGGGGAUUUCAUAAAAGCUAAAUUUUAAAAAGGCACUAGCAUUUUGAUUAGGAUGCUUCCCUGGCUUGUGGGCUUGAUACUUGAAUGAAUGAUAAUUCCCUUAAGACAGUAGGCUGGUUAGUUUCUGUCAACUUGGCAAAAACUAGAAUCACCUGGGAAGAGGGAACAAUCAAAUCAGUUGAGGAAUGGCCUCUAUCACACUGGCCUAUGGGAAUGUGUGUGUGGGUGGUCAUUUACUACUGGACUAAUAUUAAUUUGGGAGGGUCUAUCCCACUGUAGGCAAUGCCAUCCUUGGUCAGGUAGUCUUGGGCUGUGUAACACAUCAAGCUGACCAAGCUAUGGAACAUCAACUCAGUAAGUGAA